AAGGCGGCCGCGCGGCGGCCAUUUUGUCUUCUCGGCUCCUCUGGAGAGGCGGCUUUCCGGCCUGCUAGGGGCUCCGAGGGGGGUUGGCGACGCUGUCGCCGGCGAUUUUUCUGUCCGGUGCCAGGGCUGGUGGGAGCAGCCGCCCGGAGGCAGCACCAUGAUUUCGGCCGCGCAGUUGUUGGAUGAGUUGAUGGGCCGGGACCGAAACCUCGCCCCGGACGAGAAGCGCAGCAACGUGCGGUGGGACCACGAGAGCGUUUGUAAAUAUUACCUCUGUGGGUUUUGCCCUGCUGAAUUGUUCACAAAUACGCGGUCUGAUCUUGGUCCAUGUGAAAAAAUUCAUGAUGAAAAUUUACGAAAACAGUAUGAGAAGAGUUCUCGCUUCAUGAAAGUUGGAUAUGAGAGAGAUUUUCUGCGAUACUUGCAGAGCUUACUUGCAGAAGUAGAACGUAGAAUUAGACGAGGCCAUGCUCGUUUGGCAUUAUCUCAAAACCAGCAGUCUUCUGGAGCAGCUGGCCCAACAGGCAAAAAUGAAGAAAAAAUUCAAGUUCUCACAGACAAAAUUGAUGUACUCCUACAGCAGAUUGAAGAACUAGGAUCUGAAGGGAAGGUGGAAGAAGCCCAGGGAAUGAUGAAAUUAGUUGAACAGUUAAAAGAAGAGCGAGAAUUGCUCAGAUCGACAACCUCGACUAUUGAAAGUUUUGCUGCUCAAGAAAAGCAAAUGGAAGUAUGUGAAGUGUGUGGAGCCUUUUUGAUAGUAGGAGAUGCCCAGUCCCGGGUGGAUGACCAUUUGAUGGGAAAACAGCACAUGGGCUAUGCUAAAAUUAAAGCUACUGUAGAAGAAUUAAAAGAGAAAUUAAGAAAAAGAACUGAAGAACCAGAUCGUGAUGAGCGUUUGAAAAAGGAGAAACAGGAACGAGAAGAAAGAGAAAAAGAGCGGGAGAGAGAAAGGGAAGAAAGAGAAAGGAAAAGGCGAAGAGAAGAGGAAGAAAGAGAAAAAGAAAGGGCUCGAGACAGAGAAAGAAGAAAGCGAAGUCGGUCACGAAGUCGGCAUUCAAGUCGAACUUCUGACAGGAGAUGUAGCCGAUCUCGAGAUCACAAAAGAUCACGAAGCCGAGAGAGAAGGCGAAGCAGAAGUAGAGAUCGACGACGAAGCAGGAGUCAUGAUAGAUCUGAAAGAAAGCAUAGAUCUCGUAGCCGGGACCGAAGAAGAUCAAAGAGCCGGGAUCGAAAGUCAUAUAAGCACAGGAGCAAAAGUCGGGAGAGAGAACAAGAUAGAAAAUCCAAGGAGAAAGAAAAGAGGGGAUCUGAUGAUAAAAAAAGUAGUGUGAAGUCCAGUAGUCGAGAAAAACAGAGUGAAGACCCAAACACUGAAUCAAAGGAAAGUGAUACUAAGAAUGAGGUCAAUGGGACCAGUGAAGACAUUAAAUCUGAAGUGCAGCGUAAGUAUGCACAGAUGAAGAUGGAACUAAGCCGUGUAAGAAGACAUGCAAAAGCAUCUUCUGAAGGAAAAGACAGUGUAGUCCUGCAAAACAUUUUGAGGUACAUUGUUUUGUCUCAGCUAUUUUGUAGCGGACUCGUGCCCCCAUUAGUGUGCCUCUUUGGAAGUUACUGCCCACAUUUGUAAUAUAGUCGCCAUUGAAAAGUUAAUUAUCCUUUUUUUAGGGAUUUUGCUGUCAUUUCUUUUUUUUUUUAAAUAAAAAGGUUGAACUGUUUUUUUUUUUCUUUUUGGUAUUAAGUCCAUCUUGUGUUGGUACAUUGGCAGAGACAUAAACUUAAAAAAAAAACUUAAUAUUUCUGAGGCACAUGUUGGACUACUUUGUUUUAAUUAAACUGCUAGUAUUUCUUUGUCAAGGAUGUUUCUAGUUUUUGCUUUAUUGCCUUGCAUUCUAAUGCAGUUUGUUCUGUAACUCGAGAGCCAGUAGCAUUGGAUUGAUGGAAGUGUAGGGUUUAUGAAUUAUUGCAGCUGACUACCAUACCUCACACAGCGUUGGUGUUGUGAGCGGCCCAUGAAAAGCCAAAUUAAAAAUCAAGGAUUCAGUCAAACUAAGCAGGUACUCAUGCCAGGUACUCCUUUCUCUACCCACAUCCAUGUUUGAAUGCUAUUGCCUGUGAUCUUGACGCUUAAUUGUUGUGUAUCUUUUUGUUCUUUACAAGAAGUGCAGAGGGGUUUUUUUGUGUAUUGCGUGAAAACUUAAUAAAUCAAAUGUUAACAGAAUGGAAUUUUUCUUCAACUGUAUGUAGGGAUGCAGUGGUGCCCAGAAUUAGAUAUCUUUAAAGAAUUAAAAAUACAAUAAACACUUCAUAUUAUUCGCCUUGUUACAUUCAAUGCAAUUCUCAAGUCUUUAAGAGGUAUGUGUUUAAUAUUUCCUACUGCGUAGGAGAAUUAGCAGUCAACCAUAGGUAGAUAGAAACAGUCACUGGCUGGUACAUUUAUGCAGCAGUGAAUAGCAAGGAUAGGUACCUUCAGUCUGAAAGACAAAAGAACUGAUUGAUGAAUUGUAUAGGAUUUGGGGUUUUAAAGAACUUAAGUCAGAUUUCAUCAGAGUUCUUGAAACCUUUAAACUGUUCAUUCUUUGGGCUAGUGGCGUGGGAUAAAAUAUUCCUACUGAAAGGAAGUACCGAUUAGCUGAAUUGUGACGGCAUUACUUUUCUAGGACCGCAGGGCAGUGCUCUAGAUAUCUGUGUGAGCCUCACACCUAGUUGGGCAUACACAGGCACAUGGCUUUAAGACCACACAGAUGCCCUAAUAAUGUAAGAAUACGAACAUUCCAGAUACAUGUUAAUUAGCAGUUAGUGACUGGGCCAACGUUUAGUCAUAAACUUUUGCCUUUUUACAUGCUGUCUAAUUAUCAUUUUUCCCCAAAUUUUGCAUUGUAGGAUACUGUUCGAAGAUUUUUUGGGAAGAAUACUGAAAACGGCAUAAAGUGAAGAUCGGCAUUAAAAUGAGGUGAAAGAAAGAUAUAGUGGCAUAGAAAAAGUAUAAAGCUCAGUUAGUUGUUUGUUUUUUUAAUUAUUAUUUUAAAAAUUAAUUCAGGACUGAUGUGACCUACCAGGUUUCAAAACGUGUUAAUAGCAUAUAUGCCACUGAAAACUUAGGUCCUGUAUCAUAUUUUUUUCUUUAAGACUUUUUCAGAAAUAUUACCUAAACAUGUGGCUUGCUCAGUGUUGAAUUGCAAGUUUUCAUUCUUGGACUUUGAAAACAGGAUUAAACAUUAGUAUUUGUGUGAAUCAUAAGUGGGGUUCCAUUUUUACAACUCUGCUAUCCUAGCCUUUGGAUUUAGAAGUGAAAAUAAAGUAUCUCUGACUUUCUGUUACAAAUUUGUCUCUGUCAUUGCAAAGUUUUAGUAUUAAUCUUUUUCUAAUAAAGUUAUUGACUCUGAACUAGUCCCUUGUUUUAAAUAUAAAAGGUACACUGUUAAUCUACAAGUACUGGUGUACAGUUUUAUCUGACUAGCUCUGUUUAAGACUAAUUUUUAUAAAAUUUCCACAGUUUAAAUGUUUUAAUAAUGGUGCUUCAAUUUUGAGUGAUUAUGAAUACUUUGAUUUUGUUUUUAAUAGCAAAGAAGUGCAGUGAGUUAGGAUAUAUUUAUACAUCCCCAAGAGAUUUCUUUGACAGCAAAAAAUUUAAAAUGAUCUUGAUAAACACUAUAGCUCUGAGAUAAUAUAGAAGUGCAUUCAGAACUUUCAAGUAGUUUUGGUCUUUGUUUUUAAUCCUGUAUCAGUAGUUCUUCUUUACUUGGUCUGGUCAGAUUACAAAUGUAUCUAUUUCUAUGUAUGGGGUAUAAUAAACCUGUGUAUGGGGCCUGUAGCCCACACUAUGAAGCUAUUUUAGAGACUGAUACCAAGUAGGCAGUUACUUUUAUGUCUCACACCAGUGCUGGCAGCAUGUUUCUGUCUGUAGCCAGCUUAUCAGUUGUAUAGAAGCUCGUUUUCAGCGACAUAGAGCAGUUAUUUGUGAUUCAUGAUUUUCAUGUUUCCAUCUGUUCAGAGUGAGGAGCUAAGUAGAUUGGAUGAUUUACCAGGACUGCAUGGCUCCCACUGCCGGGGACCUGCCCCUCGGUCCGGCCUGGAGUCUCCUGGCACAGUGCUGCACUGGCAGGCCACUGCCUUCUGUGAUGCAGGCAUAUGAGCUGGGGCCAGCAGGCUCUCUCAGAACACCUCACAGGCUUUGCAGAACCAUGAAGCUGUCACUGCAGUGUCUUAGGACAGUCAGCCAUGCUUUGCUUAAUGACAGUGAUCUGAGAAAUGCAUCUUUGGCAGUUUUGUUGUUGAGUGCAUUACAGAAGCCAAGCUUGUGGCACAACCUCCUGUGCUGCUUGAUGAGAUGGAGGGAACGGCCACAAAUGGAAACUUGUUGAACACAAAUAACUACUAAGUAGCUCAUGACUGGAGUCAUGGUGUGGUUUCCUUAGCUGAUUCUAGCUAGAGAAGCCGCAUAGGUGGACUAGGAUAUCUGAAUUUAUUAGCCGUGAUUCACGUGAGGAGUAAGGUUCGGUGCAGGGACUGGGAAUGUAGCAUCAUAGCAGAGCCUGGGGUUUGAUUCACAACGCUGUGUGCUCCCCUUAACCUCACCCAAGUGUGGCCCUAAAACCUGGACAGUGUGAGGGAAGGCAAUCUGACACAAAGCCUCGCAUCUCCUAAGCACCGCUUUGUGUCGUUUGACUGAAUUAUUCUUAGAGGUGUCAGUGACUUUUUUAAAUGAUAGUGUAUGUGGACCAGAGAGAGCACAGGAGGUAACGUGCUUGCCAUGCAUGGUAUGCCAAUCCAAGUUCAAUACUGGGCACCAUAAGGUCCCCUAAGCACCAUCAGGGGUUACUCUGAGCCCCUGGGCAAUGUGAGGUGUGGCCUCAAACCGUCCCCAAAUUAAAGUCAUUUACCAUAUUUUACUACUUAGAAAUUUACUAAAAUGCCAAAGCCAAAUUAUUAAGGUAGUAGAAAAAUGCCAGGUUAUUUGCCUUUGACUUCAUCUAGAAUUAUUAGCUUUUAUUUAAUGAAGUACGGUAAAAGUUUUCAACUUUAUUUCUCUGGGUACUUAGGUCUGUCGAUCACUGUUGAUGUUAUUAUUGUAGGGUUUGGGAAGGAGGCUUGGCCCCUGAAUUUAGGUCUCUCUCCAUGACGGAGGCAAGACCUUGCCAUAGUGAAAAUCUGCAAAUUGGCUUGCCUCCCAAGGUGCCAGUACUCCAGAGUGUGCUGAUAUAUGAAAUAAUCAUCAGUAAAUAAAUUCACGUUUCCGAUAUAAAUGUACUAAUAUAAACAUACAAAUUACUGUGAGAAAUAUACAUGCAUGCAAAUAAAAUCAGUCAGCUAGUGCAUGUUUCCUCUGAAAAAGUCUUCAAGGGGAAGAGAGUACUAGGGUUAGGCAUUUUCUUUGUACACAGCUGACACUAUCUUAACCCCCAGUACUGCAUAUGGUCCCUCAGCACCACCAGCAGUGACCCCUGAGCACCCCCUGCUGUGGCCCCAGCCAAAGGAAUGAAAGGCUUUCAAGAUAUGUCAUUGGUUAAUAGGAUUACUUGAUAGAUAGGGAAUGGUGUUUUUAAUUUUUUUAACAAGAUGUACACAAGAGUAAACACUGUUUUGCUCUAUUAAAACCAGCAAUAAGACAUAUAUAUAUAUUGGUCUUCCAUAACCUAUGAUAUUUUAAUUUUCAAGCAUGCCUUGGACAUAGAUUUUGUAAAUGCUUAAUCAUGUGUAUAAAAGGAUUCACAUAAUAGUUAAUAAAGAAGUUGGAUGAACUGAGCAGAACUAUAGUUCUAGUUGGAUGGCUUUCCGUCGUGCCUCUCAGGGCCCAGUCUUUGCGCCUGCUGCCUAGGUGGCCUCUGCUCUGUAGAGACUUGUUACAACGUAGGUUUUCUCCAGACAGACCAUAAUACAUUUUGGGUUAGAGGAUCUCUUAUUUCUUACAUACUGUUACUGCCGUUCACAACCCUGUUUCCAAGGUCUGAGGGUACUGAGACAACAUGCCGGUUGGUUUCAGUCAGCCUCACAUAGUGGUUAAAGUUUCUUGAGAUAAUUGGAGCAAACAAUUUAGGGGCUGGGGUGAUAGUACAGCCCCUACCUGGGGUGCUUGCCUUGCACACAGCCAACCCAGGUGUGUUCCUUGGCAUUCCAUAUGGUGUCUUGAGCCUGCCAGGAGUUGAUCCCUCAGCACCACUAGGUGUGGCCCAACAUUCUCCCCCCCCCAAUAAAGGAGACCAAUUUAGGGUGGGAAGUUUCAAAACAUGUUGCUCAGCACCAGCUGAGUUAGUUGAGUAUUGCCUGAAGUGGCCUCAGGUUCCCCUAGGCCCCCGACCCCUGAAAACAGACACUUGGUGUUAUUUGGAUUAGGAAUGUAGCUCAGCAGUCAAGUUCUUGCCUUCUAAGUGUGAGGCCCUGGAUUUGAUCCCCAUAAGUGUGAGGCCCUGGAUUUGAUCCCCAUUACGGGGAGUUAGGGGAGAAAGUGUUGGAAAUGAUUUUAAACAUUUGGGUACGUGAGUCAGAAAAGGAUCUAUUUUAUAUGUUUUCUGUGGGUGGCAUUUCAUUCCAGGUUGUUAUUUAAGUUUGAUUUUUGUUCAUGAAAACCCCUGGUGGACACUUCGGGAAAUUACAGUAAUACAAUUAAAACCCUUGUAUAAUGGUUCCAGAAAUAAAUGUGGUGAGUGAUCUCUGUCUCCCUUCCACAUCACACCGUCCAUCCUCCCCAAGUAGCCAUUGCUGGUAGCAGUUACUCUUCCAGGUGCUUGGGGUGUGGAUGUUCACAUGUGUGUGGUGUGUGGUGGUGAUGUAAGCAACUGUAAUGGUACAUGGGAUGUUCUGAACCUUGCUGUUUUCACUCAGUAUAUUUAGAAACAUGUUUUUGAGACAUUAGGAAGCAACACUUUCACAUGUAAUCUCUGAAAGUAUAUUGACAAGCAAAACAUAAAUGUAUGUUUUAUUGUUGUGCCUUAUUUUUUUUUAAUUUCCUGUUUCAUAAAUGCAGUUGAGUUUCGUAGUUGAUCUGUCUGUUCCCCUUAAGAUUCCAUGUAGAGAAUUCUCAGCAGAUUGAAGUUGUUCUAAAAUAAGAGCCCAGAAAAUAGACUAUUCUAUGACCAGGUUGGGCAUGCCAUAGCUUCUACAUGGCUGUUCCACCUUAGAGAUGCUGCACGUGUGUUAGAUGUAAGAACGUCACAGUAACAAUUCUAAUAGGAAGAAAAGGGAGAGGAAGCAAAUUGGGAAGCCCCAAUGUCUGCCAACAGCUCAUCGAUUGGAUAAACAUCAUGUGGUUUAUUCCUGCCAUGGAAUUCCACAGAAGCCUACCAGAGCUACAGCCACACAGUGAGCAGGACUGACCCUCGACAGUGUGGGCAGAGAGAGCGUGUCACAGAAGAGGCCAUCUGCCGUGCUGGCAUUUCCAUGACAGUCGAAAUCAGGCUGUUAAAUAAUACAGUAAAUGAAAGAGAAGCGAGGAUUGAAAAAAAAAAAAAAGCCCACAAUUUUAUCUGUUGCAUUGGAGGAUGGAGGGAGAUGGAAUCGUGCAGGACAAAGGGAGCCUUCAGAGGAGCCGUGAUAGACUUGCAGAAGUUGGGGUGGGGGGGUCUUUUAAAACUCUGUGUUUAUGUGCUUUUUUGUAUGUGUGAUAUUUCUGAAUAAAAAAUGGGAAAGUUG